GAUGGCCUGUGCUCUCUUUCCCUCCUAAUUCGUUUAGGGUUCCUCAAAUCUCCUUUUCACCUCCUUACUUCCUCUUCGCUCCUAUCUUCUUCCUCUCUAUGUUUGAGAAUCACCGCCUCCACGAGAAUUGCAGAAAACUGAAAACCCCCAUUAAUGGGUUUCUCCUUCCCACCUAGAUUCUAAGCUUCAAUUCGCUAAUUCUGCUUUAAUUUUUGGGAAUUUUAGCUGGUCCGGUGCAUAGUGCGUUGAAGCCUGCUCAAGCGUUGGCAAUGCCGGAUGAGAUGGUGAUACAAUUCUCCUCCAAUUCUUCCAAUCAGUCCGAUCACUCUCUCCCCGACAAACUCGCUAAGCUCGAGGCCCGCUUGACCGGCAAAACCGCCUCCUCCGCCAAGCAGCAGCAGCAGCUCUCCGUCUGGUCAUCUGCUUCCACCGCCGCGGCGGGAUCGUCUGAAGCCUCUAUCAGUGAUUCCGACGACGAGAACACAGGAGACUUCCUCAUCCGAGCCAAUACCAAAAAGCGCCAGAAAGUUGAACACUUUAACAACACCACCACCUCCACUGUUGCUGAGCCCCAAGAGGCGGCAUACGAUGCAAGAAAAAACGAGGCUGAGACAAAGACAGGCCUUGAUGUUAGUAAGAAGAAACAAGGUCGAGCUCGGGCUUCGUCAACAGGCAGAGGGCGUGGUUCUAAAGCUAAUAAUGACGUCACGAAAUCUCAGUCUUUCGCUGCACCUGUAUCAGCUCAACUGAAUGUCUCUGAUCACAAGGAUUUGGGGCCUGAUGGACAGCUCAGGAAUGGUGAAGGCUCUCGCCAUGAUGACGAUGUGUCAUCUUUACGUGCAAAAAUCACUGUGCUGGAGGAGGAAUUGUGUAAAUCUCGACAAGAUUCUUCUGAGGACCAGAAUCUAAUACGGAAGCUUGAGAAUGAGUUAAAAGAUCUAAAAGAUCAGGAACAACAAGUGAAGCAAAAGACAACUAAAGUAAUAUCUGACCUUCUAAUAUCUGUUUCCAAAAGUGAGAGACAAGAAGCAAGGACAAAAGUCAAACAUGAUUCUUUGCGAUUAGGCAGCGUUGGUGUACUCAGUCAUUUCAGGACGGGAACCAUCAUAGCUGAGACAUGGGAGGACGGACAAAUGUUGAAAGAUCUGAAUGCUCAACUUAAACAAUUGCUGGAAACCAAGGAGGUUAUUGAGAGACAAAGAAAACUCCUAAAGAAACGACAGAAUGGUGAUAAGAGUGACGGGACUGAUUCAGAAUCAGGAGCACAAGAGGAAGAUAUCAUCCCCGAUGAGAUUUACAAGUCUCGCCUUGCUAGUAUCAAGCGGGAGGAGGAAGUAGUUAUGCGUGAGAGAGAGAGGUAUGAACUGGAAAAGGGUCAGCUUAUAAAGGAGAUGAAGCGCAUACGAGAUGAAGAUGGUUCUCAGUUCAACCAUUUCCCAGUUUUGAAUUGCCGAUAUGCGCUUCUGAAUCUUCUUGGUAAAGGCGGAUUUAGUGAAGUCUAUAAGGCAUAUGAUUUGGUGAAUCAUAGAUAUGUUGCGUGCAAGCUUCAUGGUUUAAACGCUCAGUGGAGUGAAGAAAAAAAGCAAAGUUACAUCCGACAUGCCAUGAGAGAAUAUGAUAUCCAUAAAGAUCUUGUGCAUCACCACAUUGUCCGGCUUUGGGAUAUAUUUAGAAUUGACCUGGAUACAUUCUGCACUGUUCUGGAAUAUUGUAGUGGAAAAGACCUUGAUGCGGUUCUGAAGGCAACAUCUAAUCUUCCUGAGAAAGAAGCAAAGAUUGUCAUUGUACAAAUAGUUCGAGGCCUUGUGUAUCUGAACAAAAGAUCACAGAAGAUAAUUCACUAUGAUUUGAAGCCAGGGAAUGUUCUAUUUGAUGAGUUUGGAGUCGCAAAAGUGACUGAUUUUGGUCUUAGCAAGAUUGUGGAAGACAAUGCUGGUUCCCAAGGAAUGGAGCUUACAUCACAGGGAGCUGGAACCUACUGGUACUUGCCCCCAGAAUGUUUUGAGCUUAGCAAAACUCCUAUGAUCUCAUCAAAGGUUGAUGUAUGGUCGGUUGGUGUUCUGUUUUACCAAAUGCUAUUUAAAAAGCGACCCUUUGGACAUGACCUAAGCCAAGAACGGAUACUACGAGAAGACACAAUCAUUAAAGCCAAAAAAGUUGAGUUCCCAGCAAAACCUGCCAUCUCAAAUGAAGCAAAGGAUUUGAUUCGACGAUGUCUAACAUACAGCCAAGCAGAUAGGCCUGAUGUUCUAACACUGGCACAGGAUCCAUAUCUUUCCUACACUAAGAAAUGAAAAUGUGUAGUCGUCACAAACAAACCAGAGAUACUCAAUGUCCUAGAUUGUUUUCUUUUUGUAUAGAUUUUUUUUUUUUUUUUUCCGCCAAGGAUAUUUUUUAUUAAAAAGAAGGGUACUAAGCCCAAACACAUAUUACAAAGCAUAAGCCCACAACAGCAGGGCAAAGAUCGACCAAACCUAAUCGGGCCUACAGCCCAACCAAACCAAGCAACACCUAGACGGGCCGGACGUCUCUCUUUUGGCCCACGCGUGAAGGAGCGGGGACACGUGUUAGAAUUUUACAUCAGCGCUACACGCGUCUCCUUUGCUCGACUUGACCCGUCACCGCUUCGAGAAGCCGCCGGAACCAGCCACCGAAACCCUCGUUACGCCGGAGCUCAAACCCGCAGAGCCUCCACCGAAACCACUUUCCUUCAACUUUCUGACCUCUCUGCGGAGAGCUUCAUCGACCUCAUCAAGAUCUCAUCCGCCUUAAGAGAGUCGCAAGCCACAAACCUCAUAAACCCGAUCCAACAACAAGACCACCUUUUAGAACCGCUAGAGCCGGCGACGCAAGACUGUGUGAGCCUUCACCCCCCGGAGACAAGACCGGCGCGGCGAUGCUGAAUAAGCCAACCACCACCCGGGAACAAGAACCGGCAACGACAGAGCUUUAAUAGCCUCUACCUCCCGGCUAAGAACUAUUACCAUGCAAGACGACUACGCCAUACUAUCCCCUCCACACGACCGCGCUUUAACUCCAGUAACCCAGCCACCGUUGAAGGCGAUUCACUCCUCGAGUAAACGCCUCCGGAAGUGGAUUACACCAGAGGUCAAGCAAAGCAGAUCGGGGAGAAGACAAGGGAGAGACACAAAAACAGAUAACUUUAACGGAGAAACAAGAAACAAAGGUCUCCGGCGACGGCACGCGCGCAGACGCGCCGGCCGUUCACCGGAGACCAAAACGAGAUCUACUUUCUCUCUCUUCUCUCUCUUCUCUUUUUCUUUUUGUAUAGAUUUUGUGUUUUCUUUUUUGAGUAAAGUUUUUGUUUGUUUAUUUAAAUCUUUUUUAUCUCCCCGGAACCUUGAACCAUAUUAAUUUCCAGUGAAUUUGAUUA